UCCAUUUAUAUAAGUAUUUUUUUAAACAAACAAACUCAUAGUACUCUUUUAGAAAAUCCGACAUACAGGAUUGAUCGUUAUACGUUUAUUUAUACAGGGUGUUAACUAAACCAAGUUGACCAAAUGGGCCUAUUUUGGGAAAACUGUGCAUAGGAAAGUUGAGUUAGUAGGCUAUGGAAACAAAAGUGGCAGGUAACCAUGGAAGCAAAAUAUGUAAAUAUUUCAGUUAAAUGUCAUUUUAGCAUCUCUUCUUGCGAUUGUUAAAGCGUUUUUAAGUCUCGCUAAUAACAUCCAAUAGUUUUCUUGUUAGUUCGCCGUAUUGUGAACUUUGUUUUUCCAGUUUUCCGUGUUGUUCCAGUUUUUCGUGUUGUGCCAGUUGUUCGUAUUGUUCCAGUUUUUCCUGUUUUGUUCCAGUUUUUUGUGUUUUGUUCAAGUUUUUUGUUCCUUAACUUUUUAUCUCUGUUUUUCGUAUUGCUUUGUUUAACAAUGCUUUACACAAACGAAGAGGCGUUUGACAUAAUAGGUACUUAUUUUUAAUGUAUGAGAAAUGCCACAGUUGCUGCAAGGGUGUAUGCGCAUCAGUAUCCUGAUAGACGCCAUCCUACUGCAAAAGUUUUUCUUCGGACCAUACAUCGUUUGCGAACGACUGGAAACGUUCGGCUGCCCGUGUUUCGGAGACAACGCAGGGGACGCACCGAAGACAACAUAAUAAAUGUUUUAGCCUACGUCGAGUUUAAUCCUCACUUAAGUACUAGAACAAUAGCGCACGACCUGGGAGUAAAUCGAACUACUGUUCAGAAUAUUCUUAAGGAGUACAGGUUUCAUCCAUAUCAUUUAGUCCUGCAUCAAGAAUUAAGUGCACAAGAUUUUGACCGAAGGCUAGACCAUUGUCACUGGCUUUUGGGUAUGAUUGUAGAGGAUCCUCAGGUGCUUUCAAACAUAUUGUGGACAGAUGAGGCUACAUUUCACAGCAAUGGAGACGUGAAUCUCCACAAUAUUCAUUACUGGUCACCAACGAAUCCGCACUGUAUGCGAGAAGUCCAGCAUCAAGGCCGUUGGUCUUUAAAUUGUUGGGCAGGAAUAUUAGGAGGUCGAAUUAUCGGCCAAUUUUUUUUUAACAACGGACUAAAUGGUGCAAAUUAUUUGCAGUUUUUAAGGGAGGAAUUGCCAAUUUUAUUAGAGGAUGUGCCACUUGAAAUUCGUCAACGAAUGAUGUUCCAGCACGGUGGCUGUCCAGCACAUUUCGCCCGAAAUGUUCGGGAGUUUUUAGAUGCUACCUACCCUGGUAGAUGGAUAGGACGGGGCGGUACCUUUCCAUGGCCGGCUAGAUCACCAGACCUAACGUGCCUGGAUUUUUAUUUAUGGGGUCGAGUUAAAGAAAUUGUUUUUGCAACAAGACCUACGACGCGACAAAAUAUGAUUGGCCGGAUUAGGGAUUGCAUGCAGACUCUCUCAUUUGCUGAGGUAGAGACUGCAGCUUUGUCUACCGAACAAAAGAUGUUUCAGUGCAUAGAAAAUGAUGGAAUGCAUUUUUAACAUUUGGGGAGGCACUAA